AUGGCUACAUAUGAAGAAUUUAUUCAACAAAAUGAAGAUCGAGACGGGAUUAGGCUUACAUGGAACGUUUGGCCUUCUAGUAGGAUAGAAGCCACUAGAUUAGUAGUCCCGCUAGCAUGUCUUUACCAGCCUUUGAAAGAGAGGCCUGAUUUACCACCAAUUCAAUAUGAUCCUGUACAAUGUACGAGAAAUACAUGCCGAGCAAUUUUAAAUCCUUUAUGCCAAGUUGACUAUAGAGCCAAAUUAUGGGUUUGCAACUUCUGCUUUCAGAGGAAUCCGUUUCCUCCACAAUAUGCUGCAAUUUCUGAGCAGCAUCAACCAGCAGAGUUGAUUGCAAGUUUCUCUACAAUAGAGUACACCAUCACAAGGGCACCAUGUAUGCCUCCAAUAUUUUUAUAUGUCAUGGAUACAUGCAUGGAUGAUGAAGAACUGGGUGCUUUAAAAGCUUCUUUACAAAUGUCUUUAAGUUUAUUGCCACCAAAUUCUCUGGUUGGGCUAGUUACAUUUGGAAAAAUGGUUCAGGUUCACGAGUUAGGUACUGAAGGUUGUUCAAAGAGCUAUGUUUUUAGAGGCACUAAAGAUUUAACAGCUAAGCAAAUUCAAGAGAUGUUAGGCAUUGGUCGUGAAGUGAAUCCCCAACAACAGAGAGGGCCACAAAUGCCCACAAAUCAAGCGGGCCCAGCCAAUAGAUUCAUCCAACCUUUACAUAAAUGCGAUAUGUCUUUAACUGACCUUUUGGGAGAACUGCAACGAGAUCCUUGGCCUGUACCUCAAGGAAAGCGUGCCUUACGUUCAACUGGUACUGCAUUAUCGAUAGCCGUUGGACUUCUUGAGUGCUCUUAUGCCAAUACUGGUGCUCGAAUUAUGAUGUUUGUUGGUGGUCCAUGUUCUCAAGGACCUGGCCAAGUGUUGAAUGAUGAUUUACGUUCACCAAUUCGUUCUCAUCAUGACUUGCACAAAGAUGCAGCUAAGUACACUAAAAAAGCCACUAAACAUUAUGACGCCUUGGCUUUGAGGGCUGCAACAAAUGGACAUUGUAUAGACAUUUAUUCUUGUGCCCUGGAUCAAACUGGGCUCAUGGAAAUGAAACAAUGCUGCAACUCUACAGGAGGACAUAUGGUAAUGGGGGAUUCAUUCAAUUCAUCACUAUUCAAACAAACAUUUCAAAGAGUAUUCAGUAGAGAUGAGAAGGGUGAACUUAAAAUGGCAUUUGGAGCUACUUUAGAAGUUAAAUGUUCUAGAGAACUUAAAGUGCAUGGCGGUAUUGGAUCUUGUGUCUCGUUAAAUGUAAAAGGUGCAUCUGUAUCUGAUUCUGAAAUUGGAAUGGGCGGGACAGUUCAAUGGAAAAUGUGUGCUUUGGGGCCCAAUAGUACAAUGGGAUUAUUUUUUGAGGUUGUUAAUCAACAUGCUGCACCUAUGCCUCAAGGCGGAAGAGGUUGUAUACAGUUGAUAACUCAUUACCAGCAUGCCAGUGGACAGAGAAGAGUUAGAGUUACUACUAUUGCUAGAAAUUGGGCUGAUGCAGCAACAGGCAUGCCACAUAUCAGUGCUGGUUUUGAUCAGGAAGCAGCAGCAGUAUUAAUGGCCAGAAUGGUUGUUUAUCGGGCUGAAACAGAUGAUGGACCUGAUGUCUUGAGAUGGGUUGAUCGUAUGCUUAUUAGAUUGUGCCAAAAGUUUGGAGAAUACAAUAAGGAUGAUCCUAAUAGUUUUCGAUUAUCUGAAAACUUUAGUCUGUAUCCACAAUUUAUGUAUCAUUUGCGAAGAUCACAAUUUCUUCAGGUAUUCAACAAUUCUCCGGAUGAAACCAGCUAUUAUAGGCAUAUGCUAAUGAGGGAAGAUUUGACUCAAUCAUUGAUUAUGAUACAACCUUUGAUUUAUAGUUAUAGCUUUAGUGGUCCUCCAGAACCAGUGUUAUUGGACACAAGUUCUAUUCAACCAGAUAGAAUCUUACUUAUGGAUACGUUUUUCCAAAUUUUGAUCUUCCAUGGAGAGACUAUAGCUCAAUGGAGAGCUUUGCGAUAUCAAGAUAUGCCUGAGUAUGAAAAUUUCAAACAACUUUUGCAAGCUCCAGUAGAUGAUGCUCAGGAAAUUUUAUUGACACGUUUUCCAAUGCCUCGUUAUAUUGAUACCGAGCAAGGUGGAUCACAGGCUCGAUUUUUAUUAUCCAAAGUCAAUCCCUCGCAGACACAUAACAAUAUGUAUGCUUAUGGAGGAGACGGAGGAGCACCAGUAUUGACUGAUGAUGUGUCUCUUCAAGUAUUUAUGGAGCAUCUAAAGAAAUUAGCAGUAUCUUCAAAUUCAUAAAAUUAUAUAAAGACAGAAAUAGAUAUACAAAUCUUAUUUUAUCUGUAAUAUUGUGUGUACAGUCUUUAUAUUUGCAAUAUAGAUAAGUAAUAAAUUCAAUUGAUUAUGAACCUAAAUACAUUGAUAUAUUAAAAGAAACAUUUUACACUAA